UGUCGCAUCUCUUCUCUCUUCCCUGUUUCAAAAUUCUAUUUCUCUCAAUUCCCUAACUAUGGCAGUUCCCGCGCAAACCAGCGAGGCUGAUGCGUGGGACGCGGUCCUACGCCAAACGAAGUUGGCCGUUGAGAGCAACACCGAUCCUUACGCGUGGGCCUUCGAUAUCAGGUCGACGCUUCACUCCUCCGCCAUUGCCAUCCCUUCCACCGAACUCGCUCAUCGCUUGGUCUCUCACUUCUUUUGGGACAACUAUUCCGCCGCCGCAUGGAAGCUUCUACACACCUCCCUAUCCCUCAACAUCAUCCCUCCCACCCUCCUCGUCGCACUUCUAUCCGCCGCGGUUGUACCAAGCAGAAAAGUCUACCCCACUGCUUACAGACUUUACAUGGAACUCCUUAAGCAACUUCGAGAUAUGCUUGAACAUGAUGUCAGUUCUCCAUACUAUGAAAAGUGAGGUCCAACUCCAACUGAACUAGCUUGAUAAGAAUUGUUUGUGUUAGCUUCUGAAUAUGUUUAGCAUCUUGGAUAUUCUAUUACUAUGUCGGUUUGAAUGUGAGCUUAUCAUUGCUCCUGUUCAAUUCAAACUGAAUAAAUCCUGUCUGAUACAACUAAAGCCAA